AUGGCUACCUGCCAUUCCGUGACCACCAUAGAGGGCAAAGUCAUUGGAGACCCCUUGGGCCUCAAGGUCAACUACUUCACCCGACACAGUAUCAAAUAUUACUGGAAUGAAGGAUCCCAGAACUUUGAAUCAUUUAAGGGUUUGGAGGGCACCAAAUUGACGUGCUGAAUUCACACCCACCACAGCUGUGGACUAAAAACACUACAGGACUACAGAGCUUUGUUUUUUGGUGAGAAUGAGAUUGAUGUAAAAGUCCCGCCUUUACCAAAACUCUUUGUUAAAGAGGUGUUGAAUCCUUUUUACAUCUUAAAGCUCUUCGGUAUUAUUCUGUGGAGUUUUCAGGAGAUAUACCACUAUUCUUUGUCUGUUAUAAUGGCAAUUAUUUUAAUUGCCACCUCUUUGUACACCAUUCAAAAUAAAUUUGUGAUACUACAUGACAUGGUGGUAGCACACUGUAAGGUACGAGUAUCAGUGUGCAGAGAAAAUGAAGGUGUCGAGCAAGUCAUGUCGACUGAGCUUGUGCCUGGUGAUGUCAUCACUAUUCCAGCCAAUGGGAUGAUCAUGCCUUGUGAUGACGAGAGCUUGUUGACAGGGGAGAGUGUACCUGUUACUAAGAACAGUGUACCAAAUUCAGGCGAGGAUGCAGAGAGGAUCUACAGUACAGAAGAACACAAACACCACAACCUCUUCUGUGGCUCACAUGUGAUCCAAAGCCAUCACUAUGCCGGGGAGCUGGUGAAGGUGGUCGUGGUCAGAACAGGCUUUAGCACAGAAAAAGGCCAGCUUGUGCGCUCCAUCCUCUAGCCGAAAACCACCACCUUCACAUUGCACCGUGAUGCUGUCCAUUUCCUGAUGUGUAUGGUGGGGGUGGCAGUGAUUGGCUCUGUCUACACCAUCACUAUCAAUGUCCGAAAUGAGGUUCCUGUUCAGUUCGUCAUCUUUGACUCUCUGAACAUCGUCCUCGUUUCUGUGCCUGUGUUUUUACCUAUGACCUUGACUGUUGGUCUUGUGCACGCACAGCGGCGCAUGAAGCAAGUGGGCAUCUUUUGCAUCAGUCUGCAAAGGAUUAACAUCUGCGGUCAGCUGAACCUGGUCUGUUUUGACAAGAGUACUAAGAUCAGCUUUUCUGGUGAUGGGGUUCACAGUGAGGAGGAUCCAGACUAUCACUUCGCUGUGAGUGGCCAAGCCUUCGCUGUCAUCACUGAGCACUUUCCACAACUUGUCCAGAAGAAGCGUCUCCCAAAGACUAAAUACAAGCGUCUGGCUCUCAAACUGCAGGAUGAGGCUGACUGGCCUCCAGCACCCUCUACUGUCACCUUUGCCAGCACUGCUCAGUACCAAAUCUCUGUUGCCUUUUGA